AUGGCAUUCACCGACGAAGUCAUGGAGCUCACCACCGGGACAGAGAAGCACCUCCAGCCGGUAGAAAUGUCAGAAGAAGACGAACAAGUUGUCGGGUUGGAGAGGAAAACGUCGUCGUUUUCUCAUGGAAAGAGACCUGAUAGUGCAGAUAGUAGUACUAUCACCACUACCAACAACAGCUCGUCUUCUAGCUUUUCUGGUGAUGGAGAGCGUGUCACAAUAGAGAAUCUUGAGGUCCAUGAGUCGCCGGAGAAAGAAACCGGAUUUCACGGUGAGCACGACGACGUGAACAAUGGCAACGUCUACUUGGACGUAGACCAAGGAAUUUGGAAAUGUCGCCACUGUGAUUGGACUUACAAAGAGGAAUCUUUGUUAUGUUUUGAGACCAAAGGUUCUGAUUCAUCUGAUGCGGAAUCUGAUGAUCAUGAGUCCCAAACUGUUGACCACUUGAACGGAGAGAAAAAUGUGACAAAGUUUGAAAAGGGUUCAUCUUCUGAGGAAAACAAGGGAUUACGUGAGAUUGAUGAAGUACAAAACGGUGAUAUCUCUGAAGAGGUGGAGGUGAUAGAGGAGGAGGAAGUGGACUUGGAACAUGUUAAAGAUUAUAAGGCGAAGGAACUGCUGGAGAACCAAAAGACACCUGAUCUAUUAUGUCCAAAAUGCAAGACUUGCAUCACCAAAGUGGUUGUCCUCAAGAAAAGGGUUGGCAUCAAGAACAGAAAACCGAACAUCGCUCGUGUGCGUGGGCCAAGGCCUAACCCAACUGACCGUCCUGAUGUUCCUUCCGGAGACAAUCCACCAUCUCGAGAUGAUGGUAAUAACAAUACAUUUGUAUCCUUUGUCUACAAGUGCUUCUCCUGCUUCAGCAUAUUCGAAACCACAGCAUGCUUUUGCUUUGUGGAAAAAAAAAUUGCAGUGCCGGUUCCUGACAGUGUCGAGAGGGUUAACACGCAGCCAAAGCCACAUGCUAAAGUCGAUUUCAACUGUCUCCGUGGGGUGUUUCGAUUCAGUGAACCAGAUGUUCAUGAGCAAGGUAUUGCUUGUAAUUUCCUAGGUCCGUCCCUGGUCCCGGAAGCUAGUCGGCCACGUGAUAACCCAAACCUUUUAGGAGAGGAUGUUACUGAAAAAUUAUCCCAUCAGAAGUCCCACCUCUUGUUCAUGCUGGUGCACUUUUGCAUCUCUCCUUUGACUUUGCAAAAACUCGUCCAUUCUUUUCAUGAUACGAUGGAAGUUACAGACUCACAUGAUCCACGCAAAGGUUUCAACGACAAGGAUGAUGCUAGUGCAGCAGGCAGGAACACAUCGCCAAACAAAGGACGUCUCACACCGAUGCGACCAUCUCUCCCCGAAUCAACACAACAAAAGAUGGUCAAAGAUGACAGGAAAAAAAAAGCACCAAAGAAAGGACGUCUGACCCCGAUGCGACCAUCUUUCGCGGUACCAAACCCAGUGACUCUAGCGGAACCGUUACUGACACCAGUUGUUGAAGGACGUGAAGUGGAGAUAUUGAAAAGCAUCGUAUAUGGAGGUCUAGCUGAAGCAAUCACAAGCCUCGGUGUUAUCUCAUCUGCUGCUGGUUCUGGUGCUUCAACACUGAGCAUUUUGGUAUUGGGACUUGCAAACUUGUUUGGCGGGCUUAUUCUCAUUAUUCAUAAUCUCUACGAACUCAAAGAAAAGGAACCCAUUAGAGAAACAACAGAUGAUAACGUUCAAGAAGAAACUCGGUACAAGAGACUCCUAGGACGAAGAGAAAACUUCUUGCUUCACGCAACAAUCGCAAUAUUGUCCUUCAUAAUCACGGGUCUACUCCCUCCUGUCGUCUACUACUUCUCAUUCAAAGGAACACACAACAAAGACUACAAAGUGGCAUCCGUAUUCGGUGCAUCUCUGAUAUGUAUCGCCUUGCUCGCUCUAGCUAAAGCUCACGUGAAGAACCCGAGAAGCAGCUACUUGAAGAGCGUUAUGUAUUACGCAACAACUGCUGUUUUGGUGUCUGGGAUUACUUACGUGGUUGGUAACGUUGUGAAUCAGUUGAUUGAGAAGUACGGAUGGUCUGAUGGGUCUGAAACUCCUGCGGGAGAGGUGAUGCUUUCACUUAUGGGGAGAAAGGCUGGUGGCUUUGGAUACUCAUCAUCGUACUAA